AAGCAGCAAAAACAUCAUAGCACAUUCCUGGGUAGUCCUCAGCUGCCAGCAUCUGAUUAGAACCAUAUCUCUCGCUGUGAGUGGCUAACUAAUCUGAAAGCGAGGGUACAACUGAAUAUUUAACCGGGGCCCCCGAGCUUAGCCAGGCUGCUGGCUGCAGUCAUCGGAUCAUGCACGGAGCAGCAUAGAUAUAGCCUCAAGCAUACCUGAUCAUCUUCUCACCAUGUCUACUGAAGCUGAAACUACAACUACCAACAGCCAGCCUGAGCAACAGGCUCCACCAAAAGCACAACCCUCAAAGAAGGAAAAAAAGAAAGGGUCAGAAAAGACAGAUGAAUCUCUCUUGACUAGAUUCAAAGGUGAUGGUGUAAGAUACAAAGCUAAACUGAUUGGCAUUGAUGAUGUCCCAGAGGCAAGAGGAGACAAAAUGAGUCAGGAUUCAAUGAUGAAGCUGAAGGGAAUGGCAGCGGCGGCCCGUUCCCAGGGUCAACACAAACAGAAGAUCUGGGUGAACAUCUCCCUCUCUGGUAUCAAAAUAAUAGAUGAGAAAACUGGGGUUAUAGAGCAUGAACAUCCAGUAAACAAAAUCUCCUUUAUUGCUCGGGAUGUAACAGACAAUCGUGCCUUUGGCUAUAUAUGUGGAGGAGAAGGCCAACACCAAUUUUUUGCUAUAAAAACAGCUCAACAGGCUGAGCCUCUAGUUGUUGACCUUAAGGACCUCUUCCAACUAAUAUAUAAUAUGAAGAAGAAACAAGAAGAGGACAAGAAAAAGAGUGAAGAAGCAGAUAAGACUGAGGUGGGUCAUUCCAACUUAGCCUCACUUCUUAAGAGUGGUAGUGAAGCACCACCUGCUGAUCAAGCUGACAAAAUGAAACUGGGAGUUGACCAGAUGGACUUAUUUGGGGAUAUGUCAACACCUCCUGAUAUGAGCAGUCCCACAGAAGCUAAAGAGGUUCUGUUAGUGGAUCUAAAUUCUGAAAUUGAAACCAAACAGACUUUUACAAAAGAGGAUCUCUUCUUGAAUGGCAUCACAACCUCUCUUCCACCACCAAAGCCACAGCCACCCUUCUUGCCUGAGAGUUCUUUCUCUACCAAUCUCAGCUUUUUUCCUACACCUAAUCCAGACCCUUUCAGUGAUGAUCCUUUUGCACAGCCAGACCAAUCUGCACCACCUUCAUUUGAUUCUUUAAAAUCUGAUCAGAAGAAGGAAAGUUUGAACACCUUGACACCGGUGUGUAAUGGUCCUUCAGAUGGUGAUAUUGACUACUUUGGUAAAGAGUUUGACCAGAUCUCUAAUAGAACUAGCAAACAAGAAGCCCUAACAUACCAGUGGCCACUUGAGAGUAAGUCACCUGCAGCAAAAACUCCAAAUGGGGUACCAGAGAGCAAACAGAAUGGUGCUCUUAAAACCCUGUCAAACGUGUUCGUGGAAGGUCCUUCCAAAGGAGUAUCUCUGCAGAAUGGAGUAAAGCUGGAUUCUGAAAGCAAUAUGCAAUUCAUGUCACAUGAGCCCAUAACAAUUAGCCCACCACCACAAAGCACCAAGCCAGGACGAGGGAGGAGGUCUGUCAAGAAUGCAUCAGAUGACUUAUUUAGCUCAGACUUCUUUGUGCCAACUACAGAGAGCCUUAGCUUGACCUCAGUGGCACAAACAGGACCUGUGCCAACUAAUCCCCUGGACCUCUUCAAAACAAAUCCUACCACAGCACUUCCAUUGGCUGGUCUAGGUGGCAUAGCAGUAACUUCACCACCAUGGAGCGCACAGACAACUGCCUUCACCCAGGCUGCCUCAGUCUUUCCUGGGCCUAUGAUGCCUGCUCAGUCUACAGGAUUUACUCAGUCAUUUACCUUUGGUACUCAAGCAGUGCCAAGCUGGAGCCAGCCUGCAUCUUUUGGUCCAGCAGCCUCUCAGCCCUCUGGCCUCUGGGUACAGCCAGCACAAAUACAAUCUAAUACAUGGAUGAAGCCAUCUAGUGCUGUAAAUCCCUUUCAGAGUAGCAUGUUCCCAUCUUCAACACUACCUGCUCAGACCCAAUCUGUACUGCCCUCCAUGCCAACAACAACCACCAGCCCCCCCCAGCCACCGCCUAGAACUGCACCUCAGAAGGAGCUUUCCAAGAAAGAAAGUGAUGCUUUUAUUGCUCUGGAUCCACUUGGUGAUAAAGAGAUGAAGGAUGUCAAGGAAAUGUUCAAAGACUUCCAGCUGACAAAGCCACCUGCAGUACCAGCAAGGAGAGGAGAGCAGCAAAACCUUUCAGGUGCUUCUGGAGCUUUCAGCAAUUAUUUUAGUAGUAAAAUAGGCAUUCCUCAAGAUAGUACAGAUCAUGAUGACAUGGAAGCUAGCAAGCUCUCUGCCAAAAUGACUGAACCACCAAAGCCUGUUCCCCAACAAAGUGUGCUGCCUGCUGAUGUCCUAUUUGAGAGUCAAGCUAAAACAGACCUUUUCAGUACCUCAUCUAGAGAAUCUCAGAAACCACCUUCUGAUUCUUUUGGUGAUUCUUUUGGCAACCCAUUUGCAUAGAUCAGGUAUAACCAGAAAAGGACAAAUGGAAUAACUGGAUCUCUUCUCAACAUGAUUUUUCUACGUUUCACUUUGCUGUCUGCCACUCUUGCUGCUGUUCCAUGAUGUCUGUAAUAUAAAUACAUCCAGGUGGAUUGAAACACAAACUCUCGAAGAACAUGCUGUGAAGAUGAUAAUUCAGGGCAAAGCAAAUGGAGAGUUGGACUUGAGUUUGACUUGUGCUGGAGACCCAAAUUCAAAUUGGUGGAUGCUAAUUUUACUUUAGUUCAUUUCAAUCUUCCACAGAAGAGCUUAGGAACACUAGGUCUUGUAAACAUGGUCACUGCAAUUCUUCUUUCUGUAGCACUUACUGUCCUAAAAUACAGGAACUGAAUGUACCUGGGGAAGAAGUGAAGAAGGGAAUUGAAUUAGUAGCUAAAGUUCCACACCUUAAACUAGGUCAGUUGCCUGUUAACAGAACAGCACCCAGUUAAGUGGAUACUACUGAGCUCUAAUUGGUGACUGGUCAUAUGACUUGGUCUCUGAGCCAAAGACGUAAACUGUAUAGAAAGGAAAAAUAAUAAGUCUAAUAUUUGUCUGUUUAAUGGUAAAAUUAUCAUUCUACCAUAAAUGUUUAAUAAAGGGACUAACUAUGGGGUCUGUAACAGAACUGUGGGAGUCCUGAGUAUUAGAGGUCUACACUGUCAAGUCAGAUAAGCUGAAACACUUCUUGCAGAACAUUGAGGUAGUCAUGGACACUAACUGUUCUCUUGGUGCUAAUAUGGGGAUCUUUUUUCAGAGAGGGAAAUCCACUAGGAUUACUUUUCUAUGAAUGUGGCUUGGCAGACAAAUGGAACAAGCAGAUAGGCUUCUUGCAUAUAUCUCAGUGAAUGUCUCUAAUGUUGCUCAGUUUCAGUUGUCAUGGUGCAGUGUGGCAUGUUUCCAGUAUGUUAGAAAGCAAAAAGACAAUCAUGGCUUCAUACCAGGCCUAGAUUCCUUGUGAACAGAUUUAUCACCUCUGUGCCAUUAAUGUGGGGUAGUCUUCCAUCUCUUAAACUGUGCCUUUUCUAAAGAACCUCUUGACUAACAGAUUUCUAGGUCAGUUGGUUAUAACUGACUAUAACAGCUGGAUUCUUGGCCAGUGGGGAUAGCGGAUGUGUUGGAGGUUUUUCUGAUAAUACCAAGUAUAAACUUGAAAUAGCAUUGUUAAAUCAAAUGCCUAAUCAGCUGCUGAACUGAAGAGCUAAGAAAGUCAACUUGAAUACAGCCUUAGUACCCAAUUCAGCCAGUCAUGCAAUAGUCUUGUAUAUAAACCUCUUGCACUUUCUGUAAUGCAAAAAAGCUAUGAAUUUAAGUAUUUGUCUCAAACUGGAAAUGUAGAAACUUAUGGAUGUUACACUGUUAUACAAAACUGUAGUGUCUCAAGUGAUGUUACCUAAUGACAUUAAACAGAAGCAACUCUUCAUAUCAAG